UGAAAGCCGGACUGAUCCAGUGAUCCCUCUCUUAGAUGUCAAUGCGGAGUGGACGGAAGAAAGAGACUCCAGGGCCCCGAGAGGAGCUCAGGUCACGGGGUCGAGCUUCCCCCGGAGGUGUCAGCACUUCCAGCAGUGAUGGCAAGGCUGAGAAAUCCCGACAGGCGACAAAGAAAGGCCGGAUGGAGGAAUCCUGUACCCUCAAGGGCAGCAAGCAGGGCAAAACAGAAGAUAUCUCAGAGAGUGAAGGGGAAGACACCAAUGCUCCCAAAAAACCCAAAACUGAGGAGUUGCCCUGCCCUCCAUCCCUGUCCGAUGUUGACAGCCUUGAUGGUCACAGCUUCAAUGAUGAAAUGAGUAGUGACCCACGGGACAUUGACCAGGAUAACAGGAGCACCUCGCCCAGUGUCUACAGCCCUGGCAGUGUGGAGAAUGACUCUGACUCCUCCUCCGUGCUGUCUCAGGGGCCAUCUCACUCCUACCACCACCCUCCACUCUUCCCUCAGAGCCCUCUGGUAGCACCUCCUCCUGAUGGCCUGGCCCGUCCACCGGAGCCCAGCUUUGGGCUCCCAGGCGAGGUGCACUCCCAGGGACCCCCUGCAGGGAGCUACCACUCCCAGCUGGAGGGCCAAGCCUCCC